AUGCUUGGAUUUGAUGAUGAAUACAGUUAUACAGAUCCUACGGUUAUACAGGAUCCUUUGAAAUAUUGUGAAGUAUUAAUCGAUAUAGAAGGAAAAGCCUAUUUGUUUGGUCAAAUUUUAAUCGGAGCAUUGCUAUCCGAGCAAUUAACCACGAAAAAAUUUGAUGAAAGCGAUUCAGAAUCUUCAAUUUCAUGUGAUUCAUUAUAUUCUGCGGGAUCAUCAAAUAGUUUUUUAAUGCGAAAUAAUGAAAUGAAAUCAAAAGAAUCUUUAAAACGUUCAUUACAUUCCGCAUUUACUAAUUCAACACCAAUACAAUCAAAUUCAUCGAAAAGAAUUUGUAUAGAAUCAUCAAAAACAUUAAAUACAAUUGUUAAACCAAGUUGUUUAAUUCAAAAUGAAACUAUUGAAGUACAGCAGGAAAAUCAACUUGAUACAAUUGAAAAAUUCAAUCAUACACGUCGAUCUCAAUUACAUAAACACUUACAAGAUUUACAAGAAAUUCGAAUUAGACCGCAAUGUUUUAAAACAUGCACUGAUAAUUGUGAAUUAGUUUUUUCCGUAAGUGAAUGUGAUGCAUUUCGUUAUGAAUUUUGGAAUUUAUCAAAUGUUUUCGAAGCAUGCAAAUAUAUUGUUAAUCAUAUGGAAAAGAAUCGUAAUCAACAAAAUAAUUCAAUACAGUUUAGUAUUACAAAUAAAGAACCAGAAAGUAAUCAAGGAAAUUCAAAUAAAAGAAGAACUUCGCCAAGAUUAAUUGAAAUAAAUUGUACAAAAAAUUCAAAAUCACCAUCACCACCGACAACACCGUCUAUUGGAAUCUUGUCAACACCAAAAAACUGCAACAAAGAAAAUGAUAGUAAUAUGUCAUCAUCAUCAUCAACUAACAGAACAACACGUAGAACAUCUCCAAGACUAAAUGCAAAUUAUUUAAAUAAUUGUACAGACUGCAUAUCAAAUACAAAUAAUUCGGAGGAUUUUUCGAAAAAUAAAAACACCACAGUAUCAUUAGAAUUUGAAAAAGAAAAUAUAGAUCCCAAUUUUGACAAUAAUAGUAAUGAGGCUACCAGUAAUAAUAACAAUAAUAAUAUAACUGACAUUAACUACAAACAUAAGAGAACAAGUUCAAGAAGAAAUGAAUUUAGAAAUCGUAAACUUAAAUUGUACAGGAAGUUAGUCAAUUUCGCUUCAGAAAUUGCCAGUUCAUGGAGAAACGUUGUGUCGUUCAGUCCUCGCGGAGAAAAAUAUGAUAAAUGGCGUUUCCGACAUAAUUCUACUACAGAAAAAAGGUGUAGAAGUUUUUUGUGGAACAAGAUUUCAGACUGGAAGUGUAAUUUCAAAAGUAGAGAUUUUUUCAAUAACAAUAAUGAAGCAAGAAAUUGA